GGGAAGGAUUGGUACUUGGUGCACUUGGCACUUACUGUGACGGAUGUGAAUGACAAUGUACCUGAAUGGGCCAUGGAGCCCUUCCCGUUUUUGGCUGUGGUUUCCCCUGAAGCUGCAGGAGGUACUGAAGUAUACAAGCUGCUUGCUGUGGAUGCAGAUGAAGGGAUCCAUGGAGCUGUAGAAUAUUUUCUCUCGGAAGGUGGUGAGGACAGAUUUGAAGUUGAGAAGGACACUGGCUGGAUUAAAACAACAGGUUUGCCAUUGGUGAGGGACAAGGAGUAUUUACUGACUGUACUAGCAGCAGAUAAGCUUGGAAGCAGAGGGUCUCCAGCCUCUGUUUCUGUAAUUGCUGGAUUUCGACCACCACAGUUCACCAAUGCAUCAUACUUGGUUUAUGUUCCUGAAAGUGUGCCCCAAGGAAAAUUCUUUCUUACAGUUAGUGCUGUAUCAUAUCAAAAGAAAUCCCUGAGCUACAGUUUAAUAAGUAACCCUAGUGGUCUAUUCAGUAUUGAUCGGGCAACAGGAGGUAUCAGUUUAACUCGGAGUGUGGAUUAUGAGAGUGACCAACACCAGUAUCAUCUUUUGGUCAGAGCAGAAGAAAACGAAGGACAGUUGAGUAGUGCAGCUGAGGUUGUGGUUGUAAUCACAGAUGUGAAUGAUUGUGCCCCUGAAUUUCAGCAGUCAAUUUACAGCAAAGUUGGUGUUCCUGAAACAGUUGCUAUGACGACUGCACUUCUCCAAGUGACAGCCACAGACUGCGACUCCAAAGAGAAUGCUGAAAUACUUUAUUACUCUUUGAGUCAAGACUUCAGUGUUACCUCUCAUGGUACCAUUUUUCCAGCAACACUGUUAGAUUAUGAGCGACCCAACCACCUUUACGAGUUUGUUGUUAUGGCUGUAGAUAAAGGGGAAGAGCCGAAGACUGGAACAGCAACUGUUAGGAUCUAUGUUUCCAAUGUCAAUGAUGAAGCACCUAAAUUUUCUCAGAGAAUCUACAGGAGUUUUGUUUCUGAAGAUGCGGGCCCAAACACACUGAUUGCUACAGUUCAUGCUGUUGACCCUGAUGGAGAUGGUGUGACAUAUGAUAUCCUGUCUGGGAAUCAAAAAGGAAACUUUGUUAUUGACCCUGAGAAAGGGCUACUUAGACUUCGUUCAAGUCCAUUUCCUAAGCUGCAGGGGACAGAAUAUGUACUUAAUAUCACAGCUACUGAUGAUAAUGCCUCUGGUGGGCCCCAUUCUCUUACAAGUACUGCCCAGGUUAUUGUGAAAAUUGAUGAUGUCAACAGUAACAAACCUGUCUUUCAGAAGUGUCACUAUUACCAGGAAUAUGCUUCUGUGUUGGAAAACCAGCCUUCAGGGACAGUUGUACUGCAGGUUGAAGCCACUGAUGCUGAUGAAGGAGCCAAUGGUAUUGUGAAAUAUGGCUUGAUGCACAGAGAUGGUGUCCUGCCAGCAUUUAGUAUUCAUCCUGACACAGGAGUUCUGACAACUCUUCAGGUAUUUGAUCGAGAAAAACAGAGGGAAUAUCCUAUCACUGUGACAGCCACAGAUCAGGCAACAGAACCACUCAUUGGAAUAUGCCAGAUAAAUAUCAUCAUCCUGGACCAAAAUGACAAUGAUCCCAGAUUUGAAAACACCCGCUAUGAAUAUUUCCUAAGAGAGGACACAAGAGUUGGGACCAGCUUUCUUCGUGUUGCAGCCCAUGAUGAUGACUACAGCUCAAAUGCUGCCAUUACAUAUUCCAUAGCUAAUGCAGAACCAGAUUAUUUACAGAUUAAUCCUACCACAGGCUGGGUGUUUGUGAACCAACCCAUAUCUCAGAAGUCAUCUAUAAUUCGGGAGAUUGUUGCUACAGAUGGAGGUAAUAGGAGCAGUACAGUUGAACUUGCAGUAGCUAUUACCAGUGCACAAAACCAAGCUCCUCAGUGGGAAAGAGACAGCUAUGAAGUUAUGAUUCCAGAAAAUACUGCACGAGGUGCAUCAGUUUUGACAAUCAAAGCAACUUCUCCCCUUGGUGAUCCUCGUGUGACUUACAACCUGGAAGAGGGACUUGUUCCAGAGACCAACAUGCCAGUUCAUUUCUACUUGACUCGAAACAGACAUGAUGGUUCAGCUUCAAUCCUGGUAGCUGAGCCAUUAGAUUAUGAAACAACAAAGAGCUUUCUGCUGAUGGUUCGGGCACAGAAUGUUGCUGCAGUUCCUCUGGCAGCAUUCACUAUGGUCUAUAUUAAUGUAACAGAUGUCAACGACAAUGUCCCAUUCUUCACUUCGUCUGUUUAUGAAGCCUCAGUAAAAGAGGGAGCUGGUGUUGGGACAUUUGUUGUUCAGGUGUCUGCCACUGACCUUGACACUGGUCAGAAUGGUGAGAUAACUUACUCCUUGUUACAUGACAGUAGCAGAGACUACACACAUUUUCGCUUGGACUCACAGUCAGGCUCAAUAUACACGGCGUCAGUGUUUGAUAGAGAGAAGAAGGGGUCCUAUCUUCUAGAAGUCAUGUCCAUAGAUGGCUCUGAAUCAGCUCGACCUGGAAAACAUGGGAAGCCAAAUUCUGGCACAGCCUAUGUGCGCAUUUUGAUCAGCGAUGUGAAUGAUAACAAGCCUGUCUUCACUCAGAGUGUCUAUGAAGUGAAUGUGGGUGAAGACCAGGAUGUGGGCUGGACUGUCAUUACAGUCACUGCUAAUGACCAAGAUGAAGGAACAAAUGCUAAAUUACGGUAUCAGAUCACAGCUGGAAACACAGAAGGAGUACUUGAUAUAGAACCAGAAACAGGAGCCAUUUUUAUUGCCCAACCACUGGAUUUUGAAGAAACAAAAAUGUAUGAGAUUCACUUGUUGGCCUCAGAUGGGAAAUGGGAAGAUUAUGCAGUUGUCAUCAUCAAUGUCAUGAAUAAAAAUGAUGAGACUCCAGUUUUCUCUAUCAAUGAAUACUAUGGAAGUAUAAUUGAGGAACUGGAUGGGUUACCAGUCUUUGUACUUCAGGUUAUGGCGAAUGAUCCUGAUAACAUGGGUGAAGGAGAUUUGAGAUACUCGUUGCAUGGGCAUGGUGCAGCUGAUAUUUUCACAAUAGAUGAGAAAACAGGCAGCAUUUACUCCCACAAGAUGCUGGAUCGGGAAGAGAGAGCACUGUGGAGAUUUGUUGUAUUGGCUACUGAUGAAGGUGGAGAAGGACUUACAGGAUUUGCUGAUGUAAUUAUUAAUGUGUGGGAUAUAAAUGACAAUGCACCCAUGUUCCCAUGCAUGCCUGAUGAUUGCAAUGGAAAUGUUUUUGAAAAUUCUCCUGCAGACACCAUAGUUAUGGAAAUGGGUGCAGUUGAUAGUGAUGAUCCAAACUUAGGUCUUAAUGCUGUUCUGACUUACAGGAUAACAGAGAAUGUAAAAAAUGAGUUUGGUGCUGACAUGUUUAAAAUCAAUCCCAACACUGGUACAAUCCGUGUAGCAGGGGGAAUGCUAGACAGAGAAAGGACUGAAAAUUAUUUUCUUACUGUUGAAGCAAGAGAUGGGGGAGGACUAACAGGAACUGGCACUGCCACUAUCUGGAUUGCAGACAUCAAUGAUCAGGUACCUAAAUUCACAGAAGAGGUGUGGCAGGCAGUAAUUCCUGAAAACAGUGCCAUUGACUCAGAAGUUCUGCGAGUGUGUGCUACAGAUGCAGAUGUUGGGGAAAAUGCUGACUUAAUAUUCAGUAUCAUCGGGGGAGACCCAGAUCAGAAGUUUUAUAUUGAGAAUGGCAAAGAAUGGCAAUGUGGCACAAUUCGAGUGAAAAAGAAAUUGGAUUUUGAGAAUUCAUGUGAAAGGCAGUUUAAUCUUACUAUUACAGUGGAAGAUCUUGAUUUCUCUAGUAUUGCAAUGUGCAUGAUUGAAGUGGAAGACUCUAAUGACAACAGCCCAGUUUUUCUUUCUCAGUUGAUUCAGACAAGCCCUUUAUUUGAAAACGUGCCUGUAGGUACUACAGUAAUGACGGUGAGAGCUACAGACAAGGAUUCUGGUUUGAAUGGGAACAUUAUAUAUUCUAUAAAGUCAGAUUCAGAUCCAAUGGGACAGUUUGCUGUUGACCAGUAUGGUCAUGUUGUUGUGGCAAAUGCACUAGAUCGUGAAAUCAUUAAAAAAUACAAUUUAAUUGUACAAGCUUCUGAUCAAGGGACGCCUGCCCACACUGGGAGCAUUACAGUUUUGAUUAACUUGCUUGAUGUUAAUGACAAUGGACCAAGGUUUGAGGCACCAUACAUGCCUGUAGUUUGGGAAAAUAUGUUGAGGCCUGAGAUAGUGUAUAUGAACCAUACAUCAAAACUGCUUCAUGCAUUUGAUCUGGACAGUGAGGAGAACGGGCCACCCUUUACAUUUUCAUUGCCAGCAGAUUAUCAGAAUUCUUUAGAUUUUUCUCUUACUGACAACGGAAAUAACACAGCAACUGUAACUGCUUUGAGGUCCUUUGACAGAGAAAAGCAGAAGGUGUUUCAUCUGCCAGUAGUUAUAACAGAUAGUGGGAUUCCAGCUAUGAGCUCUACAAACACCCUAACUAUAACAAUUGGUGAUGAAAAUGACAACUGCCAUGAGUCUGGACACAAAGAGGUCUAUGUGUACAGUUACAAAGGAAAAUGGUCAACAACAGUGCUUGGGAAAGUGUUUGCACCAGAUCAAGAUGACUGGGACAAUAAAACAUUUCUCUCUGAAGGCAAACUGCUCAAGUCUUUCAGAUUAAAUCAGAGGACUGGUUCUUUGAUGAUGGUGGAUAAAGCUCCUCAAGGAAUAUACAACUUAAAAGUUAGAGUUUCUGAUGGAGUUUGUCCUGAUGUUAUAUCUUCAGUACAAAUCCAAGUCAAAGAGCUGGAAGAAGAAGCCAUACAAAACUCAGCCACUGUGCGUCUCUCAGAUGUCACAGCAGAGGAGUUCAUAAGGAGAGAUGAACAUGGCAAAACGAGACAUGGCAAGUUCAAGGAAUUACUAGCAAAAAUGUUACCUGCUAAGCUUUGUGAUAUCAUUGUCUUCAGUGUGAUGAACAUUGAUGGAAAACAGACAGAUGUAAGAUUUGCAGUCCGUGAUGACUUGGCAUAUUAUAGACCGGACAAACUCCAUGCUGAGAUGUCAGCAUUUAAAAAUGAGAUCCAGUCAGCUUUACAGUUGAACAUUUCACAGAUUGAUGUAGAUGAAUGUGGGAGUGCAAACUGUAGUGAGGGCAGCGGCUGUACCAACUACCUCUCUGUGAGUGACAUCCCAGCAGUGCUGGACACUGGAAGUGUGUCAUUUGUCUCAGUAACAACCACCACCAGUGCAGUCUGCACCUGCUCAGCCAGGGACCGAGUUCAUCAGCCCUGUUCCUCCUACCCUCGAAGCCCUUGUCUCAAUGGUGGGGUGUGUAUUGACACUCUGAAUGGUUACAGAUGUCUCUGCCCUGAUUUGUUUCAUGGACCAGACUGCCAGCAGACUAAGCACAGUUUCCAUGGAAAUGGUUAUGCAUGGUUUCGUCCCAUCAGACCUUGUUUUGAAAGCUCACUCUCUUUGGAGUUUAUUACUGUGGUUCCAGAUGGACUUUUACUCUACAGUGGUCCCUUAUCAAAUCCAGAACCUGGGAGUACAGAAAACUUCAUUGCAAUAGAACUCUCUGGUGGUGUUCCUGUCCUGAAGAUAAGCCAUGGCUCAGGUUUUGUGGUGCUGCAGUUUCCAAGUCACCUGAAUGUAGCAGACAAAAAAUGGCAUCGACUAGAAGUGAGAACCAGUGGUCAGGAUGUUCGAUUCAUUUUGGAUCAGUGCAGUGCAGCUGUUGUUUCAGAGAUAGAAGGAGUGGGUGAAGGGCUGUCCACUGAAGAUCGUACAAAUUGUGAAGUCUUUGGGUCUGUUCCACGGAGAGCAAGGUAUUUGAAUGCAAACCAUGUUCUCCAGCUGGGUGGUGUAAAGGAGUCGUUACCAUAUUCCUACCCACAGUUGCUACACAAACAGUUUUCUGGUUGUUUGCGCAACUUCAUCGUGGAUACUCAGGUAUAUGACCUUCAGUCUCCCACAGAGUCUCUGAAUAGCUUCCCUGGCUGCACACUUACGGAUGGGAGCUGUGACACCAUGGGUUCUUCUUCCUGUGGUAUUCAUGGGAGAUGUUUUGGAGACUGGGACUCAUUUGCUUGUCACUGUUUGCCAGGUCACUAUGGCUAUCGAUGCGAUAAAGUUGCCAAAGAAUACACAUUUGGGCCAGGGAGCCACAUUCGCUACCAGCUCCCCCGCAGCGUGCCUGCCCGCAGGACACUGUUUGAAGCCAUGAUUAGGACACGGCAGCCUGACAGUGUCAUCACCAGCAUGUUGUCUCGAAAUAAGGAUGAACACAUCACCCUACAGGUUGUUCAGGGAUUCUUAGUGGUCUCAUAUAAUCUGGGUGAUGGAGACUAUUCUGUAAACCUUCCCUCCUACCACAUUGAUAAUGGUGAAUGGCAUCAUAUCACACUGGAGAGAAAUGAAAAUGAAUUUACUCUUCGCCUUUAUGAAGGAGGUGGGAAGAGAGAAAUUCUGAAAGCAGCAGGAGUAUACAAAGAGAUUGUGAUUGACCCCAGCAGCUUAGUCCUUGGAAACACCUACCCUUUUGAUCAAAACAAGAGUUUUCAAGGCUGUAUGAAGGAUGUCAGAUUUAAUAACUACAGGAUCCCUCUGGAUACUCACGUGAAGGAGCUGGUGUCAGUGUUAAGUGCCCAAGGUGUCAAAGAAGGCUGUUCUUCAGAGGCUUGUAGAAAUAACCCUUGUAACCAUGAAUUUAUUUGUAUUGAUUUGUGGAUGAUGCAUGAGUGCAGUUGCCCUCCGGGAUACAUGGUCGUGGAGAACACCACUGGCAGACAGUGUGUCUACACUGCAUGUGCUAAAAGGCCCUGUCACUAUGGCACCUGCAUCUCACAGUCACCAGCCCAGUUCCAGUGCCACUGCCCUGAUGGCUACACUGGCCGUACCUGUGAGGUCACCCUGGCCAUCUUUCACAAGGACACAGGACUCAGCUUCAGUUCCGUGUUUGCCAUCUGCGUUUGCUUCUUGGCGCUGUUAGGUAGUUACGGCAACUACGUCUUGUAUUACCUUUGGUGAGCUCCUCUUGUCCUCAGUCAUCAUCUCAUCCUCCUGCUGAAAAACUGUUUCCUAGUGGAGACUUGACUCUG